AUGUCACUCUUACUCAUGAUACCAGCCGAGAUUCGGCUCGCCAUUUUCCGCUGGACCAUCUGUUCCCUGAUCACACCGCCGUCACACCCUGCAGAAGAGCAGCAAAUCCGUCAAGAUUUGCGGCUUACAGUCGGUUUCACUUUUCCACACAUCAAACACCUUAGGCCCCCUAACCAUACUCUGCCACUACUUCUGGUGAACAGGCAAAUCUACGACGAAGUCAAAUCCCUGCUCUGCCACCUAUCCGCAGACUACUAUGUCGACGUGAUGGUUGUCGACGUCAUGUCUAUCGGGGAGAUUGCGCUCUGGCCUACUUGGUCGAUUCCUGCCCUUCCUCAGACACAGUACAUCGAUUCCAUCAACGCCACGCUUCGCGUCUUUGACCCGGUGCCCCCGAAGCCGUUGUAUGGCACUCCCAGGCAUGACUCCACCUAUGCUGAUAAGAUUUGGAAUAAAUUCCCAAGACUAGGGUUGUUCUACUGGCUCCUCGUGGAUAUCUUUUAUAAGGGGCCUGGGCUUUUGAUAAAGGCGGCCCGGGAACCGCGACCGUUACCGCAAUAUAUUGUCAAAAAACUUGUCAUCGACAUUCGGGCAUCUGCAGAGACGCCAAAUAACGGAAGCAUGAUAGUUGGCGACGGCCACUACAAGGCGGCCAGAAAACUUGCGGGAAACGAUCCGGACCAUGACGAUGCACCUAUGACGCCUGGGGAAUCUCUAGCGAGACAUUUUUGCGGAUUUCUCGACAAGCUGCUGGCCUUCGGUCCCAAUGGUGACAAAAUGGGCCAGUCCAUCUAUGAGCAAAUGGUAGACAGUAUCGUUGUAACACUGAACGGCAAAGAUUUCAAAGUGUUUGAUAUAGAAAGUCGGUUGAGAGAAGAGAUAACCAAGUGGAGAGCUGAGCCACCUAACCCCAACGCAAGAGGUGGCAAGAGACUUUCUGAGAAAUGGAUUUCGUGGGCCCAUAAGAGACGACAGAGUAUGAGAGAAGGACUCAAUAUUGACUUCAGUCAAAGACCCUAUUGGAACUUCCCGGGGUGA